UAUGAUUUUGUUUAAUUGACGUGGCUAAAGAAUAAAAUUUAUUAUGAUUCGGGAAUAUUAUAAAUGUGAAGUGUAGUUUUGUGUUUUUCUAAACAAAAUGAAGUUAUUUUCGGUUUUUAUACUGCUCUUGUAUCAAACGGUCAAUGGGUCUCAUCAGAGACCUAUGGACGCGAUGGCUGAUCUCACCAAUGAUCUCGGAGUUUGCAUCUUACAGGUAUUGACGACGAUGCAAGAAGGUAAUAUGGUAUUUUCACCUUACGGCGUAGCUUCGGUUUCAGUCUUGCUGUUCGAAGGUUCCAGUGGUAACACAGCGUUGGAAAUCUUGAGAGUUUUAAAUCUACCUUGGAACGCAUUAUUAGCUCGAAUUGGUUUUCGCGAUAUGAACAGGCAUUUGAAAACCUAUUUUAAAAGCGACGGUUUCCUACGCGGAUUAAUAAUGAGUAAAGAUGAAGUAUGUUUUCAUUACCAGUACCAAAGAAUUCUACGUCUUUACGGUUUCGAAGAACCGGAACGUGCUUUGACUUAUCCUUGCCACGGAUUCACUUCCUACACACCGGAUCCGGUAGCUCAGACGACAAGUACAACCGAAUCAUCCGUAUCGGUCACAUCUUCGGGUACGGAUGCUGCAACUCCAGCGACUAAUGGAACAACACCGGCUGUAUCUGGAGAAACUCCGGCUUCAACGGAGCUCAGUACGAAUGCUGAUACUAUCGUUACUGAGUUAACUCAAACUAGUCAAACGAUAAUGGUGUUUAAUACUACAACAUUGCCUUCGUUUACAAACGUAGCCGCAGAUGAGCUACAAAAACUCAAUUCUAAUAUCACUCUGAAUAAUGAAACUGCGAGCACCGGUACUGCAGAUGCAACUGUCAGUACAGAUACGACGAUAUCAAGGACGGUCGCAGAAACAGCGACGUUUCCUCAGCAGACAAAUUCACCCAACGAAAUACUGACGUCUGCUGCGUCGAUGGCAAGCACCUUGUCAUCUACUUUGCCAUCGGUCGACAUCGUAGAAAAGUUAAACGAACCGUCACCGACAACUGAGAUUACUCAGAUGACACAAAAUAACGAAGUCACUAUACCGUUUCAAGAUAGAACCAUCGAACCAUCUGGUUCCGAAACGAUUUUCAUGCCUAUUUCUGCGCCGUCGGAUAUGUCUAAGCAGGAUUUCAUGUUAUCCGAAUCGGCGCCUAAUUCUACAUUGAUCAAAUUACCCGAUAGGUUUAAUAAUUCGAGAUCUCCGAAGCGUCUGCACAGACCACCGGUAAUAUCUAAAGCUAGUCAAGAAAUAUUGAAAAACGAAAUGAAAAAAAUACUCGAUAAAUACAGAUAUCGUAAUUUCACCAAUAUUAACGAUAUCAUCGCCGAAAUCGAAAAAGAUCUCAAAUCCAAUUCUUCGUCGGAAAGCUCAUCGUCAUCGUUUCCCGAAGACUUACUAGCCGAUUUACUCGCCAGUUCUAGGCAAUGGAACAGCUCCGAAAACUCCAUUUCCACAUCCCUAUCCGACGAAUUCGACGAUAUAAGCGAUUUCUUCGGUGACAAUUUCACCUCUUUAGACGCUUCUAUUUCUUCUAAACAGCAUUUUAAAGAUUUACUAAACGCUACUAAGUUUAAAUUAUUCAACGAUACGUUGAAAAAGCUACACGGAUUCGAUUUCGACAACAAUACGUUUAAUUUCUCUCACGCUAGAUUCGAUCACGAUAUUUCGCUCGAGUUUACUCCGUUUAAUUACACGUCUCCGCCUUUUUUCAAUUCGAGCGAAGAAACUUCCAAAGAACUGAAUGGAUUUUAUGGUACCGUGGUUGGAUUUUUUGAAAACGCUACUCAGAGUUUUAAAGAUUAUUUUUCCGGCUUCUCCACGACGACUGUGACGGUACCGACGAGUGAAGUAUUAGAUGUCGAUUUAAUCUCAACUACUCCGUUACCUCAAGCUGAUUCUAACACGACUGAAAGUGCUCAGAAGUUGAAUUCUAGCAGUUCUACGGUUCCUACACUUGUUUCUCAAAAUAAUCUCACGAAAUCGACCCAGUUACCGGCGGAAAAUAAAACCCAUGUUUUACCCAAGAAAUCCAUUUCUGGUAAAAAUGAAAAUAUACCAGCUGCGUCUCAACUUUCGCCCAAUUAUCUUAAUAUUUUAUCGUUAAGGCAAAGUAAACUUAUUGAGACGAAGUUUGAUAUCAAAGGACCUCAUAGGCCGAAAAAAGUAUUCAAACGAAGUAGUAAUAAAGAUGAAUUGAGCGAAGAUCUUGUAAAAAGAAGUAAGAAUCUCGAUGCGGCGAAUUUCGUGUCGAAUUUAAUCAGUAAUGCGACGAAUACAAUUCUACGUAAUGAAAUUGCCAAUGUUAGUGGAAUCGAUCAAGCUGAGGUUGGAGUUAGAAAAGCUCGAUCGACCGAUGAUAAAAAAUUAGAAUCUUUUCGAGCUGGUCAUUUUCCAAUAAACGAUGAUUUAGACUGGUUUGCUGUGUACGAUAGUCGAAAUACAGUACGAAUUCCCACAUUUACGUACUCAGCUUAUUUACCAUAUGCUUACAUCGAUGAUUUGAAAUCCAAAGUGUUGGAAAUACCCUUAGACGAUAGUCAGUACUCGCUUAUGAUAUUAUUACCAACUCAUCGAUACGGAUUAAAUUACUUAUUAAAUUCGCUGAAGCAUUGGCCAGUUAGAAAGAUCCAUAGACAAUUACGUCCAUUAUCUGUGUACGCCGUUAUUCCAAAAUUCAGGGUUGCGAGCCACGUUGAUCUGAAACCAGCACUUUAUGCGCUCGGUAUGAAAGAUAUAUUUUACCGAUAUCGAGCCGACUUAUCAGUCAUGUCGCCGGAUGCGAGGCUUUAUGUGAGGAGUAUCGAGCAAGUAGUCACCGUACAUGUUGAUAAAUAUCCAAACGCAGUUUACGAAGUACCGGAAAAACUCGCCGAAAGUCAUUUCUCAGCCUCGCAUCCAUUCAUUUACUUUGUAAUCGAUAAGGAAUCAAAAGUCAGCCUCGUUGCAGGAAUAAUGGCGGAUCCAUCCAAACAACACAUUCAUUUCGUAUAAAACAGAACGAAUUUCCUUCUACAACAUUACUUCCACAAGUUCUUCAGAAUUGGAUACCCACUGCCCAAUCAAAAAAACAUACGUAAUUUUCAACGAAAAAUACCAAAUACAGCUUUUCGAAUAUCAACGAAA